UCCGCCGAUCGCCGUGCGCAACGAGAUGCCCUAGCUGUGCAGAGACUGAUAGUAGGCCCGGGAGCCGUGACCCUUUCUGAGAAUAACGUGAAGGCACGCCCGGUAUCUAAAACCCAGAUGACGAAGAUCAAGAGUCAGCUUAUGCAGCCCAAGUCCGCGAACAGACUUAUUGCAAAGUUGAGGGAGCUGCCUCCUCCCGAGGCGCCUCUUGACAAGCCUCCUUCUGCGACUACAUCUGCUGAACCAAAACUGAAAGCAAGUAGUGGCAGCAGCAACAUCCCAAUCCACGCCGUCUGCCUCGAAAGCCCCGACGUCGACGUCUCCUCCACCUACUUCUCAAAACUAACCAACCAAUCCAUCCUCUCCUCCCCAACAUCCUCUCUCUCCUCCCUCUUCUCCUCCCUCCACAUAGUCGACCUCCUCUCCGCUCCCAACUUCGGUCUCGGGCAACCCGGUUCCGGAGAAGGCCUCCUCGCAGGUGCAGUCCCCACAGCCGAAACCGUCAUCGAAGGUGCAACAAAGCUCACCCCUCAACUCCUCGCUCUCGGAUACGCAACAGGCCAAGCUAUCCUCCCCUCCCACACCGGCAUCCACCCCCCAACAGACCGCAUGAGCAUCCUAACCUACUGGUGGGGCCUCGAACUCUGUCUUCCCCCUCCCACCCUCCAACACCUCUCCUCCGCCCCAAACAUCGCUCACCAAAUAAUCAACUUCCUCUCCGCUCUCUCCCUAAUGAACAACGGCGUCCGCGAAAUCCUCCCCUUCGUUCGGUACAUCAGCCAAUUCGUCGAUUUCGAGUGGUCCGCAAUUGAGAAGCAGGAUAAGGGAAAGGGAGUAGUGUGUGCUGCGACGUGGAUUAUGCCUGCUGCGAUGGUUCCGAGACCUUGGGAUUUUCCUGACCCGUCACCG